AUGCAAAUACUAUAUUCCGCCAUAACUAUUUUGGUACUAUUCACAUCAAUAGUGCUAUCCACGCCACGACGAGAGAAUGCUGGGUAUCUCACUGCCCAGCAAGUAUAUAAUGAGCAGGAGCCCGCGCCAGCUCAACAACCUGCACAGCCACAACCGAAUCAACAAGAUUCACCAUCGAUACUUCCUAUGGACGCUAGAUCAAUAAAUGACUGUGAUUUAACUGAUUUAUUAUUGAUUAGUGACAUAGACGGUCAUUUAUAUGGGGUAGAACGAAAUAGCGGUAGUUUAAUGUGGACAUUACCCAUUGAUGAACCACUAGUUAAAAUCCAGACUAAUAAUAGCAUCAAUAAUCUUCAAUCAAAUAUAUUGUGGUUUGUGGAACCAUAUCAAGACGGAAGUUUGUAUUAUUUUACACCUAAAUUCGGAUUGAAUAAACUACCCACCAGUAUCAAAGAUUUGGUUAUGGAAUCUCCAUUUUCCUUAAGUGGCGAUGAUAAGAUUUAUACAGGAACGAGGAAAACUUCAUUGUACACUAUAAAUAUCCAUACUGGUGAAAUUAAAUCUUCCUUUGGAAGUGAUGAAAAGUGCCCAGUACCAAAUACCAAAGUUCCAUUGGGAGAUUCAACCAGUUCUCAAUAUCAAGAUGAUACAGUGAUGAUUGGGAAAACCACCUAUGAAUUAGCAAUCCAUUCUAAAUCCAAUAGCAGCAUUGUAUGGAAUGUUACUUAUUCUCAAUGGGUGCCAAAUAAUAUUGACAAUGAUUUAGUCCUACAAAACCAGCAAUCUUUGGAUAAACUUUAUUUUACCCCGUUCCACGAUCGGUCAUUAUUAGCGAUCAAUAAAGAUAUCGGGACUCCUGUUUGGAUAAGUAAGUUACCAUCAUUGGCUGUGAAUAUCUUUGAUAUUUUCAAUAAUGGCAAGACUGGAGAUUAUAUAUUACUCCCACAUCCAUUGAAAGUAUUGAAUAAUUUACAAAUUAAAGAACAUCAUCCCACGAAUAAUGAUCUUGUGUUUGUUAAUAAAACAUCCAACUCACAACAAUGGAUCGCUAUGAGUUUUGAAAAUUAUCCCACCCUUAUCAAGAGUGCCCCUAUUUCCAAUUAUCAAACCAUGUUGAAUAAUUAUUAUGGUGGUGUAACUCAGCCAUUGGACUAUCUUGAAAGUUUCCAUGUAGUCAAGGCAUCCGAAAGCAAAGUUGAGAAAUUGAUUAGUGGAAUCCAUAGAGCUUUUCAAUUAAGUAGUGAUACCUCGUAUCAACCGAUCGCAAGAUACACUACUGCGCAAGAACAAAUUAAGAGAAUAGGUGAUGGAAAUGGAGAUGAUACUAUUGAGCAACAAUCAAGUAAGUUCCCAGGAAUAAUGGAUGGGAUUAAGUUUGUUGAAAAGUUGCCUCCUAGUUUUGAAUCAGAUGUAUAUCUUCUUGAAGCUAGUGAUCAAUAUGAAGCUCUUCCUCAAGCACCCGUGACUAAGACUAUUGGCGGUGGGGUUAAUUCUACUGCCAUUGUGCGAAGAAUAAUAGAAGAUUUGGCGGUGUUGGUGGUUAUUUUUGUGUUAUUGAUGACGUUUGGAAAAUCUAAUCGAUUAUUGAGGAAAGUUCUUGGUGAAUACAGGUUUAUUCAAGAUGAUCAGGAACUGCGAGCACAACAAGUACUCAAUAAACAAGAAGUAAAGCCACCUUCCACUAUUGUAGUUGAAGGUAUGGCCAUGGAAAAGGUUCACGGGAUUAAAGAUGAUGUUGUUGAAAAGACAGAAGUUGUCGCCCCUAGCUCCGAUUCAUCCAAUGAUGAACAUCAAGAAGUUGAACCAAAGAAGAAGAAAGUUGUUAUUGUUGAACCAGAAGAACAAAAUGGAACUGCUGAAUCUACAACAGAAGGUACAGUCGAACCUGAAAGCGACGAUGCAGAAUCAACACCAGCCAUCAAGAAACCAAGAAAGAGAGGAAAAAGAGGUGGUAAACGUGGUGGUAAGCAUAUUAACAAGAAUAAAUCAAAUGAAGACGAACAUAAUGAAGAUGAUGAUACAGAGCAACAAAUGGAAGUCGAAGAAGACGAAGAACCAGUUAUCACAACCAAGAGUCUUGUUAAGUCUAUUCCAAUGACUCCAAGUAAAUCUACUAAAAAGAAGUUGCAGAUUGAAAAUAAUUUAGUCAUUUCAGAUAAGAUUCUUGGAUAUGGCUCUCAUGGAACUGUUGUAUUUGAAGGGACUUUUGAAAAUAGACCAGUAGCAGUUAAACGUAUGUUACUUGAUUUCUAUGAAAUUGCCAAUCAUGAAGUGAGACUUUUACAAGAAUCAGAUGAUCAUCCUAAUGUGAUUAGAUAUUUCUGUUCGCAGACUUCAGAACUGGAAAAAUUCCUCUAUAUUGCUUUGGAAUUAUGUUUGUGUACAUUGGAGGAUAUAAUUGAAAAACCCAAGAAAUCUCCCGAGUUGUUGAUACCCAAAAAGAAUGAUAUCUUAUAUCAAUUGGCGAGUGGAUUACAUUAUUUGCAUUCAUUAAAGAUUGUUCAUCGUGAUAUUAAACCCCAGAACAUUUUAGUUGCUGAUAUAAAGAAAACCAAGCAUAAUCAACAAUUACAAAAUGGGAAUGUUCCUAGUGAACAUGAGAAUAAUGUUAGACUAUUAAUUUCCGAUUUUGGAUUGUGUAAGAAAUUAGAUAAUGAUCAAUCGUCGUUCCGAGCCACCACACAACAUGCUGCUCUGGGAACUUCUGGAUGGAGAGCGCCUGAAUUAUUAUUGAAUCAAGAUUUAUUGGAAAUAUCUCCAGAUUCAAUCUCAUCUAUCCAUUCUCAGAACAACAGUACUACUCAAUCGACAUCUUCUGGUAAGAGAUUGACUAAGGCCAUUGAUAUCUUUUCAUUGGGGUGUGUGUUUUUCUACAUUUUAACCGGUGGUUCUCAUCCAUUUGGUGACAGGUAUCUUCGUGAGGGGAAUAUCAUCAAGGGAGAUUAUGAUUUAACAUUGUUGAAGAUUAGAUGUCCUAAUGAUAAGUUUGAAGCGACUGAUUUGAUUUCAAGUUUGAUCAAUCAUGAACCGGCAUUGAGACCAAACACAUCAAAGAUCCUUAAACAUCCUCUAUUCUGGUCUAGUGGGAAACGUCUUGAAUUCUUGUUGAAAGUAAGUGAUAGAUUUGAAGUUGAGAGACGUGACCCACCUAGUGAAUUAUUGUUGAAAUUAGAAGAAAAAGCAAGAAAAGUACACAAUGGUGAUUGGCAUAAGCGAUUUGAUACCGAGUUCAUGGAUAAUUUGGGGAAGUAUAGAAAAUAUAACAAAGAUAAAUUGAUGGACUUACUUAGGGCUAUCAGAAACAAGUAUCAUCACUUCAAUGAUAUGCCCGAGAGUCUACAACUGAAAAUGAGCCCAUUGCCAGAUGGGUUUUAUAAAUAUUUCAAUGAUAAGUUUCCUCAUAUGUUGAUGGAAAUCUAUUAUGUUAUUGAAGAAAAUUUAAAACAUGAACAUGUGUUUACAGAAUAUUACGCUUAA